CUUGGUGAAGCCAGGUCCUGAAGGACAUGUCGGCAACCAAAGCCAACGAGCAGCUGCCGUUGCUGGCGAAGUACUCGACGAGCGGCCUCGCCAAAGAUGAAUUGACCCAUGUCAUCGCCAUCUCCCUCCCGUUGGUUUCCUCGGCUAUCCUCGAGUAUGUGUUGAACAGCAUCAACGGUAUGUACACCGGUCACUUAAGCACUGAGCCAAGCGAAGUUCAACUUCUUCUUGCGGCGAACGGCUUAUCGUACUUGUUCUACGCGCUGUUUCUGUACAGCCUGGCGAUUGGCGUUGGCACGGCCCUCGAUGCCAUGUGUGCUCAAGCACACGGACGGGGCGCCAAGGCCGAGAUUAUUGUGCUGCUUCAAACGGCCGUCCUGUGCAGCGCUGUCUUAAUGAUCCCUAUCUUCUUCACAUGCUACUUUGCCACGGACAUCCUGUUGCUACUCGGUCAAAAUCCACAGGUGGCUGAUGUCACGGGGCGACUGCUGUGGAUUAUGAUGUUUGGCCUUCCCUUUUGCUUUGGCUACGAGAUCUUCAAGCGUAUUUUGCAGUCCCAGAACAUCGUUCUGCCGGCCGUGUACGGCGGAGUCUUUGCCAACGUCACCAACGUGGCCGUGGCGUACGUCCUCAUGUACCGCACGUCCUUGGGAUUUGUGGGCGCUGCAUAUUCGUUCAUUGCGGUGACGGUCGUCUACUUUUCCGUGUCGUUGUACUAUGUUAUGCAAGCGACCUACUCGGAUUGGAUUCGCCAGUGGCACCUGCAUGCCGCUGUGGCGCAUUUGCCAUCGUUCUUGUUCUUAAGUGCGUUUGGCUGGUUCAUGUUUAUCUCGGAGUUUGCUUCGGUCGCACUCACGUCAAUCUUGGCCGGCCUGUUGCCCCGUGCAAACUUGGCGAUUGCUUCCAACAACAUCUUUAUGGGGUUCCGUCAAGUGUUUUUCAUGGUGUACAUGGGGCUUGGGGUCGCCAGCUCCGUGCGUGUGGGGAAUGCCCUUGGCGCGAACGACCCGACCCGAGCCAAGGUCGCGGCGGUUCAAACCGUGGGGCUGGCGUGUUCGUGGGCUGUCUUUACGUGUGUUUUGAUGUUGGCGCUGCAGCAUGUCUUCCCGCACGCGUACACGAACGACCCUGCCACGUUGGAGUUGACGGCGCAGCUGAUGGCUGUGAACGCGCCAUUUCAAAUUGGGUUUGCCAUUUGGAUGGUCAUGCAAGGCGUGUUCCGAGGCAGUGCCAGGCCCCAUGAAGGCGCAUUGUGGAAUGUGCUUGCGAUCUUGGUCGUCGGCGUACCGGCGGGGUGGUUCUUGGCUUCCAACUACGAAUGGGGCAUCCUCGGCAUCUGGGUCGGUAUUUCUGCGGGCUAUGCCAUAUGCGCCGUCUUUGGUCUCUACUGGCUGGCCACAGUCGACUGGGUGGCCAUGGCCAAGGAAGCCAGCUCGCGCUUGACGGUGGAUUCGCCCAGUCAUGAAUUGCUCGCCUAGUCGCUCAAGACAAGGGGAUCGGACGGCCAACAUGCGAAGGUUCCGAUCCAUAACUUUGACACGUCACGCUGUGCUAACAGGAUAUGCACGACGUCGUGCCUGCAUGAUUCGACUGUUGUGGUCCGUGA